UUACAUACAUAUGUAUGUACAAAGUAAUGUUUGUGGACUCUUUUAGUAGUCCGGUUAUCGUACAGCUUUUGUAUACGUAGUACAUACAUAUGUACAUUUGUGAUAUGUAUGUACAAAGCUUAUAGAAAUAUCAAAGGUUAACUGGUAUAUUACGGAACGUAACUUAAAAUUGGUUAGCCUUUUUCGAGAAACGCGACAUCAACAUGAGGUUCCCCAACAAUGGAAAGGUUUUAUUAAAUAUGACAAAUGCACCGCUUCUUCAACGAACGAAACAACUGCUUCCAGCUAGAUAUAGCAGCACCAAGGAAUCGUUGUCGGAUCCGAAGCAGUUAAAUCUUUUGCCUUACCAUGUAUUGCCGCUUAAAGAAACCCUAAGUCGAUUUAUGAGUACUGUUGAACCUCUGCUAACACCUACGGAAAUGAAGCGGCAAAUGAAAAUCACUGAAGAGUUCCUAAAUGGAGAGGGCAGUAGUCUACAGAAACUCUUGGAGGACGUUGGUAGCAAAGAAAAAAACUGGUUAGCAGACCGAUGGCUAAAAGCUGCAUAUUUGCAAUACCGAUCUCCAGUUACCGUGUUUGUUAGUCCCGGCAUGACCUUUCCUCGACAAGUCUUUAAGGAUGAACAUGAUUUUCUCGCCUACACGUCUAAAGUUAUUUUUGGCUUGGGUGAGUUCAAUGACAUGGUAAAAGCCCAUCAGAUUCCAAUUGUCAAAAUGGGCAAUAAUGAGUUGGACAAUAGCCAGUUUGGUAAAGUAUUCGGUACAUGUCGGAUACCACGGCGGGGUACAGAUGAAAUAGUAUAUAAUCCAUGCUCCAAUUAUGUGGUCGUAAUAUAUAAGAAUCAUUUCUACAAAAUGCAGAUAUACGAUAAAGAGGGAAAACUGAUUGCUGCUUCGGCCCUGGCAUUUCAAUUGGAAAAGAUCUUGAAAACUGAGACGACAGUUGGUGUUGCCUAUGGAAUUCUGACCACGGACUCAAGGGACAACUGGGCAGAUGCCUAUAAAUACUUGUCCGAUAUACAUGUCAACAGAGAUGGCCUAAAAACCAUCCAAGGUGCGUUGUUUACUGUGUCACUCGACCAAUGUACCACUUUGAAGAAAGGUGAAGAGGACGACGAGCUAAUAUCCUCAUUGAUUCAUGGAAGUGGUAGCAAAAUCAACAGUGGCAACAGGUGGAUGGACAAGACAAUUCAAUUGGUUGUUAAUCCAAAUGGUAAUGUUGGAUUCACUUACGAGCAUUCUCCUGCCGAGGGCCAGCCUAUUGCAAUGAUGAUGGACUAUGUAAUGAAAAAGUUGAAGGAGGAUCCUAAUUUCGGAGAAUGCGGUUCCAAAGACGUGAUUCCUACCGAUAAAAUACAAUUUUGUAAACCAAAUGAUCGCAUUGGACAGUGGCUGAAUAUUGCGCAACAAAAUCUUGAUGAGCUGGCCAAAUCACUUCAGAUAAAAGUUAUCAAGUUCGAUAAAUUUGGAAAAGAUUUUAUAAAAAAGCAGCGCCUGGGUCCAGAUAGUUUUAUUCAGAUAGCGUUGCAGUUGGCUUUCUUUAAAAUGCACUUGGAGCCAGCUGCGCAAUAUGAGUCAGCACAUUUGCGUAUAUUUGAAGGAGGUCGGACUGAAACUAUUCGGUCUUGUUCUAAUGAGUCAAUAUCCUUCUGUCGGGCUAUGCAAAAUAAUUCGGAAGCCACGGAUGAGGAACGCGCUGAGAAACUUCGUGCGGCAGUAAUGAGUCACCAGAUGUAUGCAAAGCUAGCACUGCAAGGCAAAGGCGUCGAUCGCCACCUACUCGGACUAAAGGUGAUGGCUAUGGAAAAUAAUCUGCCUAUCCCAAAGUUUUUUUCAUCGCCGGGGUUUGUCAAAUCGAGUCAUUUUCGCAUGUCAACCUCACAGGUCGCUACGAAAUAUGAUGCAUUCAUGGGGUAUGGACCAGCUGUUGACGAUGGAUAUGCGUGUUGCUAUAAUCCUCGCGACAAUGACAUAAUAUUAGCUAUAUCCGCUUGGAGUCACUGUAAGGUGACCGAUCUUUUGGUUUUUACGAAGACUCUUGAACAGUCUUUCCUUGAAAUGAAGGACAUUUUAGAUAACUCGCAACAGAGUUCUCAUAGCCCGAUAAGCAAAUUGUAACGUGCGCAAAAAAAAUGACGUAUUAAUUUUGAUUAAAACAGGGACGUCCCUAAAAGCUGAAAUAAAACUUAAUUUGGCGGGACUUUAACCGUGACGAGCGAUAAUAAUUGGUUUUCCUUGUAAAUUAGUACUAAGACAUGUUAGUUAAUUUAGCAAAGUGAAAUGAUGUAGAAGUAUUUUUGGAGAGCUUAGAAUGGGAACACAGUGCAAUGAGGUUGAUGGCAACAUUUGGAGAAACUGCUACUCGGCAUUGUCUGAGGGGACCCUUCCCCCAUAUGGGAAAAACUUAGCCAAACCUUAUUUUAAUUUUGUGGGAAAAUUAAACGGCUUCGGUUAUCAUUA